AGUCAUACACACUUGCAGCAGGAAACUAGCGGAGUUUAAACUCAAGUGUGAAGAUUCUUAGUGUUUACAAUUAUGUAGUGUUCUAAAGUGCCGGGCCCAGGGUUUAGUUGCGCCAUUAAACAUGAAUUUAUUCUCUAAAUAAAUCAGUGAUAAGUGAUCACCCAGUGGCCAGACGUAAAUAUUAGUGGUGGUAACUGGCUGGCGCCUAUGAGCGACACCCCAACAGAAGCAGCAACGACCAGUGUAGGUAGCAUGAGACAAGCUACCAGCAACCAUCGUCACCAGUAAUAAUCAUUUCACAAAACUCUACGCUCACUGACGGAUUUCAUCUAGCUCUUCAUUCCUGAAGAACAGGAUGGGGCGACUGUGUCCCCUCCUUCUGUCCAUAGCCCUUCUGGUAGUUGUACAGCUACUGACACCAUCACAUGCCAUCCUGAAAUCUUAUUUCUACCGCUACGGCGAGGAUGCUGGGGACACUCGUUUGCUAGCCGAGGAUGACAUCUCAUCUCCAGAGAUCAGCUUAAGGGCACCCGUCAUAUUCUUCGGUCAAAUCUAUCAGUCUAUUUUUGUGAAUUCAAAUGGCUUCGUCUCCUUUUUGACUGAGAUACCCAACUUCUUCAACGUCCAGUUUCCCCUCGAGUACCCCAUCAUCGCUCCCUUCUAUUCUGACGUUGACACCAGGCAGGCUGGGACCAUCUGGUACAGAGAAACAUCAGACCCAGGCACAAUAUCACGAGCGAAGUUUGAUGUACAACAGUAUUUCAGCAGUGCAGCCAGUUUCGAGCCGCAGGGUGUUUUCAUAGUCACCUGGGAUGGCGUGGGCCCCUACAACCAGCGGGCAAACAGGGUAAAUACAUACCAACUUAUCAUUGUGACUGAUAUGCUGGACACAUAUGUACUUCUCCAUUAUGCUGAUGGUGGAAUACAGUGGCUUCAGGGAGACGGCAAAAAUCCUAGCAUAGCUGAUGCUAGGGGUCAGGCAGGCCUCAUCUCAGGAGACGGAAGGUUCCACAUUCUCAAAGGUUCUGGUACAGAUCAAGUUCGGAGCCUUGACAAACUGAGCAACUGUGAUAAACCAGGAGUCUGGAUGUUCCGAGUAGGACAGUUAAGUUUAGAACAAAAUGUCCAGUCUCCAGAUAUUGGUACUAGUGAAAGCAAAGGCCUAGGAAAUGAACCCCAGUCCUGUGCUGUGGGAGGAUCCAUUUGCCAUUCCAGCGCAGUCUGCACUGACUACUCACCUGGCUUUUGCUGUAGUUGUAAAGAAGAAUAUUUUGGCAACGGCAUUAACUGUGUAGUUAAGGAUGAACCGCUGCGUGUGAUUGGAAAGGUUAUUGGCAAUAUCAAUGGUGUCGAGCUGGAAGACUCUGAUCUUCAUGCCUAUGUGCUGACAGCAGAGGGUCGUAGCUACACAGCCAUUUCAAGAAUAUCAUCACAAAUUGGCUACGAUGUUCAAAGUAUUACAUCUCUUGGUUCUGGCAUUGCCUGGCUCUUCGCAAAACCAAUUGAUAUUUCCGCAAAUGGGUUUUCUACUACAGGUGGCGUACUGAAUCGUACCGCGGAGGUGGAUUUUCCCCAGACAGGUCACCAUGUUGUUAUCCAGCAACAUUUUGAAGGCCUUGACGUUUUCAACAACAUUCAAGUCAAAACUCAGAUCACUGGAUCGGUACCAACAGUUCCUCUAGGUUCAAAGAUAGAGAUGGAUGCCUUCAGUGAAGAAUACACCAGAGUCAAACCAGGUCAGCAGAGGGCACGAUCUAGCCGAGUAUUCCGUCUUAAGGGACAAAACAUUGACACACCUUUCUCUGUUGAGACCACCAUUGACUAUGAUGAAUGUAUUUGGAAGGUUCGGGGUCCGGAUGAGCAAAAUACACUUAGAUUAAAGGUUGCGGAAAACAUCUUCAUUCAGUAUGAUGCCCCUGAGGAAAUUGUCCGCUAUGCACUCUCAGCUAAGGUGGCUCCUCUUGAGGAGGUUGACCCUUGUGUGGAGGGGCGGCUGGAGUGUGGACACAACAGUCAGUGUGUUGUUGAUGGUGACACUUUCAGAUGCGUGUGUGAGCGAGGGUACGAGGAAGUGUUCGACGCAACACUCAAUGAAGAUAUUUGUUUGGACAUGAACGAAUGCGACACUGGACGAGAUAAUUGCCACUUUGAUGCCACCUGUGUCAACAAUGCUGGCAGCUUCACAUGCACAUGUAAUCCAGGAUUUACUGGAAAUGGAGUUGUCUGUGAGAGAGCAGCAAGCUGUGAAGGUAUUCCUUGCGACUCCAAUGCUGUGUGUGAGAUACGCUCCGCCGCACCUCAGUGCAUCUGUCUUCCUGGCUAUACUGGAGAUGGACUCAUAUGUACUCGGGACUACAGUGGAGUAUCAGUUAUCCAACAGCGUGACUGUGUGGAUAGUGAUAUUUGCAGCGAGUAUGCUAGUUGUCUGUAUGACGACUCAGUGAGGAGCUUCCGCUGUGUGUGUUUCCAGGGAUACACUGGAGACGGAGAGACAUGUAACCCAGUGACUGGACAAGAGAGCUGUGGGACUGGUAGGAAUUGCUCACCAUAUGGUGUAUGUACCAGAACGGAAGAUGGGUAUAGAUGUGAUUGUCUACCAGGCUUUUUCGGUGAUGGUUACACAUGUGAAGCCAUUGACCCUACUGUGUCACCACUUCAGAGUCUACCACCAUACCAACCACAACAACCAGAUCAACCGCAUCGCCCUCAAGGUUCACACGAAUCACAAGAACCACAUCAGCCAGAACAGCCGCAUCAGCCUGAGUCACCACAGGAGCCACAACUUCCAUAUCAAAAUGAGUAUGCUCAACCGGAAUGUUUGUUUGAUAAGUGCUGGUGUCCUGGAACACUCACCUUCAACAGAAGACUUAAUGUUUGUGAGCCAGCAAGAGAGCCAUCAGUAGUUCCUGAAGAUGACAUUAACCUGGCCCCUCAGCCAUAUUGUAGUGCGGCGAAAUGCACCUGUCCUCUGGGAUACAAAUACAACUCAGCCUCGGAUUCUUGCGAGUCUGUAGCAAGUGUUGAAGAACGGCCGCUGCCAGAAUGUUUCUUGGGCAAAUGUUCCUGCCCUAAGGGCUACACCUAUGACUACAACCACCAUGACUGUUAUCCUAGCAGCAAACCUGGCUACGACUACAACACUGAGGAAGGAGCAAGCAGAGAUAAAACUGGUUCCUGCAAUGAAGUCAACAACUGCCACCCCAACGCCCAGUGCAUAUAUGACAGCUAUUCCCAGACUUAUUCAUGCCAGUGCGAUGCUGGAUUUGAUGGAAAUGGCUUCUACUGCAACGAGCUGGAUGUGUCUUGUGAUACUGUAGACAUCUGCCACAUCCAUGCCCAGUGUUUGUUUGAUGACUACGCUCUCCGGCAUGUCUGUGUCUGCCUGGAUGGUUACCAAGGUGAUGGCCUCGUCUGCACACCUCAAGAUGAAUGCAGCAGUGUUAUGGAUUGUGACACUAAUGCUCAGUGUCUGUACGAAAGUAAAAGUCAACGUUACAAGUGUGAGUGUAAUGAUGGUUAUGAAGGAGAUGGACGCACCUGUAAGCCCCUGGGAGAGGCAAGCUGUAAUAUCGUCAACAAUUGUGAUGCCAAUGCAGAAUGCAUAUAUGAUACGUAUGCUCUGGCUUACCGUUGUCAGUGCCGUGAUGGCUUUGAAGGAGAUGGCAUCUUCUGUACUCCAAUUCAGAUUGGAUGUAACGUUAUUUACAACUGUGGUGACAAUGCAGAAUGUUUGUAUGACAGGUCAGCUCAAGGUUACCGCUGCCACUGUAGAGAGGGCUUCCAAGGUGAUGGCUUCUUUUGUCAGUCAUCAAGGUCGUGUGAAUCAGACCCUUCAGUGUGCCAUCCCCAGGCUGCUUGUCUGCCUGAUCGAUCGUCUCCAUUUGGUUUCUCAUGUAGAUGUCGUGCUGGCUUUACUGGUGAUGGAUAUACUUGCCAAGAGGCACCAGAUCACGAGAAAAAUCUGCUACUCCUCAACCAAGGAUUAUCUCUCCUUCGAAUGCCUGUUGAUUUACGAUCUGGAGGUGGCUUACCUAUCCACGUGGAUCCCUUUAUGACUGCUGUGGGAGCUGAUGUUGAUUGUCUUGCUGGCCGCUUCUACUGGACAGAUGUCAGGUCAUCUUCCAUUCGAUCAUCCAGAUAUGACGGCACUGAGCGGAAACCCAUUGUCACUGGAGAGAAAACAGGGUCUCCUGAAGAUGUUGCUGUGGACUGGGUUUCAGGAAAUGUCUACUGGACAGACUCGGUGAACGAUGUUAUAUCUGUGGCAGCCAUUAAGGAUGGCAAACAGCGUGUGGUUAUUAAGGAUGGCUUGGUCAACCCACGUGGUAUUGCUGUUCAUCCUGGUCUAGGCCUUCUGUUCUGGAGCGAUUGGAAUCGCCGUGGUCCAAAAAUUGAAGUGUCUGGACUGGAUGGGUCAAACCGAAGAAUACUUGUUGAUCAAGAUAUUAAACUGCCCAACUCCUUGGUGGUGGAGUAUGAUACAGGAACCCUCUGCUGGGCUGACGCUGGGACACACAAAAUUGAAUGUAUUGGCAUACAUGGUAGUGGUCGUCGGGUGGUGAUGGAAGGUGCUUUGUACCCCUUUGGUCUCACUCGACUUGGUGAAGAGUUUUUCUACACCGACUGGAAUGACACAAAGAUCCAUACUGUUAACCGUUACUCUGGCCUAGAGUCGCCAGCCAGAGCCCCACCACCGGGAGGAUCUGGAAAAUUAUAUGGCAUUGUUGCUGUUCCACCCUCGUGUCCACCAGUGUCCAAUGUGUGUGCAGUGAGUGAUGGAGGAUGUCCCAACACACAUCUGUGUCUUCCAAACGGUCGACGUGGUCGCACAUGCGCCUGCACUGACAUUGCCGCUCAGAACGAAGAGACCCCCUGUACUGAUUACAAUUACUGAGUGACUGUCAAAAAAAAAAUGAGUAAUGUGAUUAAAUAUUACUGAAUAAAGUAAAAAUGCUUACAUAACCUUACCUAUUGACAAUUACUGAGCGCCGUCAAUACCUAUUGACAGUUACUGAGCGCUGACAGCUCCACCAUGUCCUAAGCUGAUAAAAGCAAUAGAAUGACUAGCUGGUAGUAUAGAUACAAAAUAACCUUUGUUUAUGGAAUCAGAAACUUUAUGUAACUAGAGCUAGUUACAACUGCACAGUCAGCUUAAGACCAAAAUAACUUCAUUUAAUUUUAGGCAACUAAAUAUGACUAUAAAUGCAGAAAUGUAAGCUUGAUAUGAGUAUUACAGAACUUAAAUUAUCUGCAUCUGUUUGGCAGGUGGGCGACUGUAACUGUUCACCAAAUUAAGUUAUUUAAAUAAUGACUAAUAUAUUUAAAUUCAAUAUUAAAAAUACAGUAGCAUAAUACAAACUGGACUGAUUAUCAUCUUACCUGCUUACCAGACCCAAGCUUAAAAUGUUCUACUUAUGAGUGCUUUAAAAUCUUAUCACUCUGUAGUUGAAGAUCUAGAGAACCGAGAAUUUUAACACACGUAGUGAUGUAUAUUAGGUAGAAUUUAGAUUAUAUCGAUUUAAAAGCUGUGGUGUGUUUUAUGUAAUGUAUUAAGAUUUAAAUUAUGUCUGUUACUGUGAACCUAGAAAAAUGUUCUACUGUCUAUUUUUUAAGUAAAGCAAUACAAGUUUAA